UCCCCAAGGGCCCUUUCCUAACUCUGUGACUUCCUCCAGGAGGGUGUCACGGAGAGUCAUCCGCACUGUGCUGUGCCGGCAGGCAGUGCCCACAGCAUCCAGAGGGCUCAGCAGCACAGGUUUCCGUGCCCUGCUCCCCUCACCAGAGAGCACCAAAAUGGGGCAAGGCUUCUGGGACCAGCUCCAUCUGGCUCUCGCCCUCCUGCUCCUGAAUGCGGGGUCUGCUGUGAAUGGAGAUAUCACUCACGGAUGCUAUGGGGUUCCAGGCCUGCCAGGUAUGCCAGGUGUGCCAGGCAAGGAUGGCCGGGAUGGGCUGAAGGGAGCCAAAGGAGAGCCAGGCAUCCCAGCCACUCCUGCAACACGAGGGCCCAAGGGCAUGAAAGGGGAACCAGGCAGCCCUGGCUUGCCAGGGAAGACUGGUCCCAGGGGUCCCCCUGGUCCCAUUGGAGACCCUGGGAUGAUGGGCAUGACCGGAGAGCCAGGUAUGCCAGGCAGCUACAAGCAGAAGCACCAGUCAGCAUUUUCAGUGACGAGGCAGACUGGCGAGCACCCCUUGAAGAACGUCCCCGUGGUGUUCAACCAUGUCAUCACCAACACCAACCACGACUACAACACCACCACGGGCAAGUUCACCUGCAACAUCCCUGGCCUCUACUACUUUGUGUUCCACACCUCGCAGACAGCCAACCUCUGCGUCAUCCUGUACAAGAACGGGAGCAAGAUGGCCAGCUUCUGUGACCACAAGACCAACACCAUGCAGGUCAGCUCUGGUGGGAUCAUCCUCCACGUGGAUGCUGGUAACGAGGUCUGGCUGGCGGUGAACGACUACAACGGCAUGGUGGGUAUCGGCAGCUCUGACAGUGUCUUCUCAGGGUUCCUGCUCUUCCCCGACUAGAGGACCACCAGACCCCACCCUGACACACCAACCUCUUCACCCUGCCCUGAAAACCCUGCUGCUCACUGCCAGGCUGUUGUGAUGCUCCAGGUUUCUCUGCUGGGUGGGAAGCCCCAGCGAAGGAGUCAGCCCCAGCCACCAGACACAACCUCCUGGCCUGGGGACUGAUUGUAGGCAGCCACUGAACAGGGGGAACAGGCACGUGUGGAUGCAUCCGCACCCAGAGUGAUGGUGCCAAGCCCCUGGGGUCCCGCUGGCACUGCCACGUGCAUCCACCAUGAUAACCCCACACUACCUUCUGCUGCCAGAGACAGAGGUCUCUCUGCAUCUCUCCCCUUCCCACCUGGGUUGCACCAGGGACAGCCAGGUAUCCUGGAGCAGGCUUGCAGCAGCACCUUUGCCAUGACCCGGCUAUGGAAAGUGUCAAUAAAACCUUCUCCAGUGCA